UGCUCAUCAACCGCUUCGUGGCUCGUGCCUUGCACUGAUAAGAUGGACAAAGCAGCAUUGCUUGCUGAAGUUGUCAGCCACGUGAAACAACUGAAGAAAACUGCAACAGAAACCAGUAAAGAUUUACUUGUUCCAAUGGACACCGACGAAGUAAGAGUUGAAUCACAUAACGAGGGAGAUACUGAGGAAACCUUCUCAUUCCGGGCCUCCAUAUGUUGCGAAUACACACCCGAACUUCUGUCUGAACUGAGACAAGUUCUCAAUUCCCUUCAUCUGAAUAUGGUGAAUGCAGAAAUCUCAACCUUGGGAAGUCGAGUGAAAGUUUUUGUUUUCACCAGCAAGAAAUCCAUGAAUGCCGACAAUCCCGAGGCAUGCCAAGUCAUCGUGAAUUCUAUUCAUCGGGCUUUGAGCACUAUUCUGGAUAAGGUUUCUGCCUCGGCAGAGUACUCGCCUAGAACAACGCUUCCAAACAAGAGGCAAAGGAUUUCUUUUUUCAAUUCUUCGAGCUCAUCUUCAUGAGUAGAUAUUCUGGUAAGUUGGUUAUAGGAGUAGUUAUGUACAUACACUUUUGUAACUUGUAGGGGUGUGUGGUGGUGUAUAUUGUAUAUGAUGUUCCUAUAUCUUUACUUGGAGCAUGAAUGUAUCAAAAAAAUUGGAUGGUGUUACUUAAUUUCAUGGAAUUAUAUAUUUAUAUGAAUGUAUCAAACUUUGGAAUAUGUAACACGGGAUUCUCUGUUCCAAAUUCUUCUGUCAUUUUAUCUCGAAACA